AUGGUCGAUGUAUUGGUUGUUAACGAGGAAGAGGCAGCGGCUCUGGACCUUUUGCUGAAUGGCACCAAUGACUCCCCUGCCGAUGUGACGAAGGAUCCCAAAGCAGCAACAGUGUUGGCUGAUAGACUGCUGAGGACUUCUGGAGCCAAGUGGUUAUGCAUCGUGAGUCUAGGUGGAGCUGGAUGUGCAUAUGCUUGUGUGGAUGGGAGUAGUGGUGCAUUACCCUGCCCUACUGCCCCGUCGGAUAAGGAUAAGUACUGCACAUCGACUGUGGGGGCUGGUGAUUGCAUGGUCGGAAGUUUGGCCGCCAUGCUGGCUGCUGGGGAGAAAAAUCCCGAGAGGCUCUGCAAGCUCUCUAUGAGUGUAGCGACACAAGCUGUUUUUGGCUGUCCUAGCAGAGCCAGAGGAGAAGCUGUUUGCACAUGCAACGCCCCAGGGAAGACCCGUAACGCGGGAAUGAUCCACGACCGAUACCCUAAGCUCGGUCAAUGUAGUGAAGAGGUUCAACAAGUCCUCCAUACGGUGGUUAACACCAAUUAG